AUAUAAGAGAAAACAGAAGGGAAAAUUUGGUUUUGGGGAGGUAAACGAGCGAACAACAAUGGAGGGUAGACGAGUGAGAAGGUUCAGUAUGGGAAGAGCAAGAGGGCAACACCCACAAACUCAAACCCAUCACAGUCUUCUACCCAUUCACUCCCAUUCAAACCCGUCAUCUCCUCCUCGUCUUUCAACCACCAUCUCUUGUUGCUACUGCGAUUUCAAGUUCUGGGCUUUCAACCAACCCCUCUUCCAUUUCGGCAGAAGCCACUCCCAAAUUCUCAGGGCAUGGUUCUCCAUUGGGGUCGGCUUUGGCCUAACCCUGCUCGUCUCCAUUUCUCUCAUCCUCAUCUGGGAACUCGGCAGAGCUCUCAAUCUCUUCCAUGGAAGCUUCUUCAUUGACUUGUUCUCUAGAUUUUCCUCCUCCUUCAGCACCUCAAUCGCCGACGCUGCCUAUAUCUUCAUUGCCACAAUGGUUUCAGUUUCUGUUCAUGAACUGGGUCAUGCUCUCGCUGCUGCAAGGCUUGAUUGAAAGCAGUGAGUGCGUGCAAAUGGAGUAUGUUGCCGUGUUUGUUGCGUUUCUGUUUCCUGGUGCUCUGGUAGCUUUCGAUUCUGAGUCUCUGCAACCAUUGUCUUGUUUUGCUGCUCUUCGGAUUUAUUGUGCUGGAAUUUGGCACAAUGCAGUGUGCUGUGCAGUUUGUGGGCUGGCAUUACUUCUCUUGCCCUUCAUCUUGUUUCCAUUCUACAUACAUGGUGAAAGUCCCAUGGUUUUGGGUGUACCAUCUACAUCGCCUUUGUCCGGUUACUUGUCUCCUGGCGAUGUAAUUGUGUCAGUUGAUGGUGUGCUCAUCCAUAAUGUCCAGGAAUGGAUGGAGAUGACAGCUCUGAUAAAUGAAUUGGCACUUAGAGGUAGAAACCAUUCCCUAGAUGUCCAAGGCUUUGGAAUCAAUAGAAUAAAGGGGUACUGUGUGCCUAAUUCUAUGAUGGAGGAAAGUAAGCAGAUUGUUAUAGGAGAUAACCAGUCUUCUUGUCCUGAAGAUCUUACUGCAUUUACACCUCUUCCCUGUAAUCAUACAAUCAUAUUAGAUCAUAAUCAUCCAAGCAGAAUUGAGAAAACCCACUGCUUGAAUGCAAAGAGUGUUGUCAAGCUUAAUAAAUGUGGUGAAGGAUGGGCGGCAAUAACCAAUGGCAGCAACUGCGUAUGUUCACAGGAGGAGUCCUGCUUAAGUCCAGUUCAAAUUCCAGGCUUAAUAUGGGUUGAGAUCGCCUAUUCAAGGCCCUAUUCUCUGGAAUGCUUGCGAGUUAGAAGAAAAUCUUUUGUGGGUCCAAGAAUUUCUGAUUCCAUGGAAUCUAACUGUGGUGGGAUUUUUGUCUUUGUUGGUGAUGUUAUCUCCAUGGCACGCUCGGUUAAGUUAACUGCAUAUCGACCUCGCUGGGCAUUUCCAUUGGGUACAUAUCUUCCAAAUGUACUAGAAAGGAUUUUGAUAUGCACAUUCCAAGUCUCUCUAACACUAGCUCUUCUCAACAGUUUGCCGGUGUACUUUCUGGAUGGAGAAUCAAUUUUAGAGGGGACUCUUUCCCACUUCGCUUUGCUGUGCCCAAGGAAGAGAAGGAAAGUUCUUCAAGUUUGCCUUUUAUGGGGGACACUAAUUUCCAUCCUCGCCUUAUUCAGGAUCAUGUUAUAUACUUUGUAAGCGAAAGUGACCUUUGCUCCUAGACAAUGCAGCAUCACUACAAAGCUCACUGUUUAGCAGGUAUUGUGCAUUAUUGUUGUACAACUUAAAACACUUUUUAUCCGACAUCACUCGUUCUUUUGUCAUUACCUAGAAAGCAGUGGUAUUACAGCUGAGCUUCAGAAUAUGAGAAGCAGUGUUAUCGAAGCUGACCUUGCAGUAUGAAUAGGGAGGAGCGUCAAACCAUCAGCUGCCUCGGUAUUCCACUACCAGAAACUAUAGUUACACAACCUAAGUUUAACCUUGUUGACAUAGAAAUCCAUAAAUUAUCUAGUGUAAAAGAUAGGGGAUACUCAG